CGAAUAUUUCGACCCGUACCCAAAUACAUGACCCGAAACCAUUUCCAUCUCCUUGUUUUUACACUCACAACAUUAACCUCCCCACAUGGAACAAAACCCUAACUCUAGGUGAUUAUGUAGGUAAAAGAGAGAUGAGAAGCAAUAAUAUGGCGCCAUUAAUGAGCUCGAGAUGGAACCCGACUAGCGAGCAAGUGCAAGCCUUAGAAGAAAUGUAUCACGGGAUUAAAACGCCAUCGGCCAAACAAAUACAGCAAAUCACAGCAAAACUUAAAAAGUUUGGAAAAAUCGAAGGCAAAAACGUGUUCUAUUGGUUUCAAAAUCAUAAGGCUCGAGAAAGGCAGAAAAAGCGCCGACUGCUAGCGGCUAAGGACAAAAUGCGAGGUUUUGAGAUGAUCGGGCGGGAAAAUAAACAAUCGGGAUAUCUGGAAACCAAACAUCCUAAGAGGUUGCUUACACCCUCAAGCAGCAGCACAACUUCAGAGUGUACUGCAUCAAUGCAAGGAGAAGAAUGCAGACAAGGAAAGUGGACACAUAGUAACUGUAAAGAAUUGCAGCAACAAAAGGGCCCCCAUACAUUCUGCAGUUUGGACUUAUUACUAUCACCUAACAUUAAAUCUCCUGCCCAAGAAAGUGAAGUAUCCUAUGUGGGUAAAAAAUCGUGCACCGGUAAAGAUGUUGGGUUCGAAUAUGUCGAGAGCAGGAUUGUGAAGGAAAAUAAUCGGAAAACUCUACAACUUUUUCCAGUUGUUAAGGCCGAAAUCGAGGAGAGUGAUUGUGAAGAAAGAUGUGGUUCGAGCUUGGGGACUAAAUUGGCGCCUAUUCGAUUUUUCGAGUUCUUUCCAAUAAAUUAA